CGGUUAAUCUCAUAUUGGAAGUACUUCAUCUCUUUUGAGGUGAUUAUAACAAGCCCCACAGUAUGCAAUGGGCCUUACUCCCUGGAUGAUGUGCAUAUACGUGUUUACUUACUUACUUACACCCACUUAUAUAUAAUGCAAGAAAUACAAUUAGACCAUUUCGCUUUUUUGUUGGCAUAUAAAGGGCAGGGAUAAAUACACAAAGCCCCUGACGAAAUUUAUUUUGUUUCUAUGUGCCAAAGCACUUGUGAAGUUGGGCAUUUUAUGAUGUUAGCUGCUCUGAGCCCAGCCUUGGCCAGGGAGGGCGGGAUACAAAUAAAAAUGUAUUAUUAUUAUUUUGAUUGUUACUCCCAUUUUACAGGUGGGAGUGCGGAAGCAGCCACAUGUACCUCAAAAGCCAAUAACAUUCAGGAGAUUUUUUUCAGCUAUCACAUUUCCCUAAUCUCAGCCCAAAAGGCAAUGUUUGCUCCUCCAAUCGACUCGUACAACCACCCCCGUUUCGCAAGAGCGGCCUAGCAACUCUCAGGCCGCCUAACCAAAAACAAAAUGGCGGCCCCUACGGAAGCUUCGGCAAGCCACUGCCCUUCUUCCGCAACGACGAAACGGGAGAAGGGAGGGGAGGAGAGAGCGCGUGCGCCAUCCUUCCCUCCGCGAGCACGCCCACUCGGCCCCGCCCCUUCUCCCCCAUUCCCGCCGUCGUGAUUCGCCGAGAAGAUCGCGGCGGCUGGGUCUGCGAUUGGACGGAGUUGGCGCGAACCCGUCUCGCGCGCCACUGCCGUUCUGAAGUGAAUUGUGAAGGGGGGGGGGGAAAGGAGGAGAACUACGACGACUCAGGAAACAAUAGAGGAGCGCUCAGCAGCCCAGCGCAGGUAGCACGAGGCGCCUAGUGAAGGGCGGGCUGAGUUCUAAGGUAAACUAGGAAGGCCGCGACGUCGCCGGCGCUCCCGAAGAGAGUCGGAAUCAUGGCGGAUAAAGAAGGUGAGCGGAGCGGGCGCUGCUGAGGCGGGAGACUCGACUAGGCCUCACUCCCCCCCUUCCCCCUCCCUUUCCGGCCUCUGCGCGGGCCCUGGCAGAAAAGCGCCUCGUCCAAUCCCCGCGCCUGCUUUCUCGGCCCUGCCCCCUUUCCCUGGGAGCCGCCCAAUGGGGCGCUCCUCCCUCCUUUCCUGGCACCUUCCCUCCCACCCCCUCCUCUUCCCUCGCCUCCUUCGUGGUUCUCGGGUUCUUUGCGUGGAGCUGCUUUGUAAUGAGGCGGGGAGGGCUGCAGGAUGGCUCAGGUGGGCUUUUCGCAAGGGCGGCUCGCCGGCCUCUCAACCCCCCUCCCCCCAUGGGCCUCGAACAAACUGCGGCGAUUCCGCCGGCGGCGCUUCUCCAGCCGGGGAGGGAGACGCUCGCGAGGAGGAGGAGGAGGAGGAGGAGGAGGAGAAUUGGGGCGCGGGAGGGGUCCCACCGCCUCGUAGAUUUCUGCUUCUGGGGGGGGGGUGUUAUGUAGCAUCAUGUGUAGAAUGUUCCUUUUUCUACACGGGGCACAGGGCUGCGUACAUGGCUUCCUUCCCCUCUCCUCUUCCCCCGCCCCCGCUUUAGAUUCUCAGCAACCUGUGAGGUACAUUAGGUUGGCGGGAGGGGCGGGGGCGAGAGUGUGUCUUAAAGGCACAGGGCCCUAGAAAAGAAAGAGAACGAUGCCAUUUCUUUUCACACUUUCUCUUUGUGUUCCAAACAACCUAGAUGGGUUGUUCUGUUAUUAAGAAGUGCUCUUCUUUAGAGAAGGGAGUGGGCAGAUUUCCACGUGGCUGAUUUUUUGUUUUUUAAACUAGAACUCUGAGAUACACCUGAAGCCAGAUUCAGGCUAGUGUCUAGGGGGAAAGAGGCACAAUGCACAGUUAAAUAAGAGCAUGCAUAAUCCAGGGAUUCGUUUUCAGUAACAGAAGUUAAGCUUGCAUCCUUCAGCAAGCCACUGCCUAUCCAAGCCCCCAACUUUUUUUGUAUAAUAGUGCCAUUCAGAUUUUGAGAGUGAGAAGUGCUUGCUGCAAAUUGUCCAGAGGUCACUCCUCUACUUUCUUUUUAGCCUUGUUUUAGCAGUGUUCAAAGUACCUCAGUUCUGUUACCUAAGUAAUCAGUACAAAAGCCCUGUAAAGUAGAUCUUGCUCCUCUUGCAGAUGGGAGGUUGAGAAUACAGUAAUUUGUCUAAAGCCAUCAAUUGACUUAAUGAUAUUAUGAAUGAACUUUGUGUGGAGAUGCUUCCCAAUGUGUUGGCAUCAGUGUUUCUAGAGACACAAUGGUGUGCACCAUUGAGGGGUGCAAACCUGUGCAGUGUGUAUGGAGGUCCUGGGCUGCCCAGAGGUCAAGAUCCCUGUCCUGGCCUUGCCGAUGUGGUCCAAAGGAAAUCCGAGCAAUAUGUUUGGCAUCAACUUGGCUGCAGGAGUUGCCAGAAAGAGGUGUACAACUUACAGUUCAGCAGUCUUACAGCCACGUCGUAGGAGUUAUCUCUUAGCUGCAUAUUACAAGUUGGGGCUGAUAAAUGCUGCUGAGAGAAUUCCUGCCUAAUUUUGAAUCACAGAUUUCCUAUCUGAGGUCUUACAUAACUGCUGCUUUGCAAUAGAAUUUAACUUCUUGUUGCUGUUCAGAUGUUAGUUUGAGAAAAACUAAAGCACAGUAGAAUAGUAGCUCUGAUGCUCUUUAGGAGAAAGCUUUUUUUCUAUCCUGUUUGAAGGAAAGCGAAUGCAGCAUUGCAUGAGUUUACUUGUAAACUAUGUUAUGAUGCAACUGACAAACAUGACUUACUUAGUGAAAAUGAUUCCUGCUGGCAUAGAAAAACAAUACCAUGUUUAACAGUGCAUGAUUAUGUAGAAGUAAGUUUGAUUGUGCCUAAUGGGACUUAUUCCCAAGGAAGUAAGCAUAAGGUUGCAGCCAUGGGUGAUCUUUCUGGCCUGCUAUGCUCCCUCAGUGAUUAAUCAGGGUGACACAGUUUGGGGCAUGGAAGAAAUUCCUGAGUACAGAAGAUAUGAAUCUCUUCCUCUCUAUCCUAAAUUAUAAAUAUAUUUUGCUGGAGAGCUAUGGUAUGUGCCCAUAAGGUUUUUAGGUUUAUUUGCCAGCAUUAAUUAAUGCAUUCUUUUCUUAUAAUUAUCAGCUGCCUUUGAUGAUGCUGUGGAGGAGCGAGUGAUCAAUGAAGAAUAUAAAAUCUGGAAAAAGAACACUCCAUUUCUCUAUGAUCUUGUAAUGACCCAUGCUUUGGAAUGGCCCAGCUUGACUGCACAAUGGCUUCCUGAUGUAACCAGGUAACACACAUGACUGCAGCAUAAACACUCAUUUAGUUGAUUAAGGCCUAUGCAACAUAGAGGCUUACUUUUGAGUAAACAUCCAUAGGACUAUGCCUGCAUUUCUUUUGUAUAUGAACAAGUUUGUUAAACUAAGUAAGGGCCAGUUUGUGCACACCAACAUUAAAUCAGGAAAUUUAUAACUGUAGCUUCUUGCCUUGUUCAAAAUAAGAAACUGGUUAACAGCUCUGGAACAAGCCAUAAUAUUAUAUCAACUUCAAACCCUGGUUUAGUAUACUGGCUUCUGAAGCUGGAAACUAUAGUUAAUCGGAUGUACUUGUUUAGUUGUGGCAGAGGGAGGAGCAAAGAAGUUGAGCAUUUCUGACUGAUAAACAGAUGCAUGAUGGAAUGUAACUCUAUUGUAACUCUAAUUGCUACAUUGUUUUCCUGCUUGUAAUGUUUCAUAUUGUUGGGUAAGGAAAACCAGCUACUCUAGUAACAGUUUCUGUAGUAGUAGUAAAGGAAAUUCACAUUGACUCUAUUGGUGUUCCUAACAUUCAUGCCAGUGACCCUAAUGAGGAGUCAGUCCAAAUAAACAAACACCCUUUGACCUCAUUGUUCCAUUGUUCUUUUAUGGCAUUGUAGACCUGAAGGCAAAGACUUCAGUAUUCACCGGCUAGUUCUUGGGACCCAUACCUCUGAUGAACAAAAUCACCUUGUGAUAGCCAGCGUGCAGCUCCCUAAUGAUGAUGCACAGUUUGAUGCCUCACACUAUGAUAGUGAGAAGGGAGGUAAGAGAACAAAAUGGGAAAGAAGAGUGGGUUUCUUCCUGAAUCUUCCUGAUGUUUUAUCUUAUUAGGUUAACAAGGCACAGAUCUUGGAGAGGACUGUUGGUGUUAAGCUAAGAUAAAAAACUAAACUAAUAAAUGGCCCAGUGACACUUUGGUUUCCAGGAUGUAUUUUCUGUCCAGAAAAUUGGAUAUACAUUAAACAGUGCAACUUAGUAGAUGAAGUACUUGUCUGAAAUUGAAGUCCUGCUGUUACAGGAAUUAUGUUUCAACAUCUGGUUGAUUAGCAAUAUGUUGGCUUACUGCUGUCUUGAACUUUUUUGCUUAAUGGGUGAUAAAACAUGUUACAGAGUGUUAAUAUGAUAUGUCAGCAGUGUUGUACCUAUUUAAAUAUAUCUUGAUUGAUAAAUAAAGCUUUCUAAAAUCAUAUUGCUUAAAGAUACUUUGGGAUAUUGUUUUCCAAAUGUAAACAAAGACAUACUGUAUUCAAAAAUUACCUUUUUUUAGUUCCAUAAUGUCCAUAUGGCAUAGAUUUUUGGUUUUAAUUGGUUUAUUUUCUAGUAUGAAUGACUUGAAACAUGUAUCUAUUAUAGAAAUGCCUUCUUUAUUUUCAGAGUUUGGAGGAUUUGGCUCUGUUAGUGGGAAAAUUGAAAUUGAAAUAAAAAUUAACCAUGAAGGAGAAGUGAAUAGAGCACGCUACAUGCCCCAGAAUCCUUGCAUUAUUGCCACAAAGACUCCAUCCAGUGAUGUACUUGUGUUUGAUUAUACCAAGCAUCCAUCUAAACCAGGUAUUUGUCUGUUGUCAUAUCUGAACCUUGCUCCUUUUAUAUAUGUACUUUAGGGAUAAAAUAAAUUGAUAGGCCUUGUUGAUUCCAAGUAUUGUAUUGAGGAGAUUAUUUUUAAAGUGUGGAAAGCUGCUUCUUUUCUCAUUUGUUGUAUAUUAAUGUAUGCUUUGUUUACUGCCAUUUAAUUUCGUUUUAUUGGUUGAAUCUAGGCUAGGAAUGUAUAGCAGGAAAAUUAAUAAUGAGACUGCUCUUUAGUUGUUCACCACAGUUGCGGUCCCAGAACUGCCUCAGAAAGCAAGACACUUUCAAGUGAGGCUAUACUAAUCUGAUUUCAUGCUGGAACAGAAUAUAAGAGUCAUGUUUUCAGAUAAUUUAUUAAGAUUUGUGAUGGACAAGCAUAGUUUGAAAAACCUGAAAGCAGAACGAAGAAAAGGUUUAAUUAGGAAAAACAGUAUAAGUUCAGACAAAUAGAAUUAACAUAGACUGCUGAAAUCUGCGACGGGGGGUGAAUUUUAAGUGACAUCUUGUAUUGUCCAACUAAAUCAGGGUGAAUAAUUUUUUAGCUCCAAUUUGACAUGUGGGCAGGGUGCCCACCUGUCAAUAAGCAGCUUUGCAAGGCUUCCACCUCUCCUUUUUUAAACUCCCAGUCUCAGAACUUUAAAAGGAGUGUUGGAAAGGCCUGUAGGGGUUAUAUUAAAAUCUUUCGCCAGAGCGCUUUUUGAAUCAUCUUUCCCCUAUCUCCUUUAAAUGAAAGAAGAAGAUGGUGGAGACUUUAAAAAAUACUAUUAAGGACUGCUUUAAAGCGGCCCCUGUGGUGCCAUUUCUACUAUAAGCCAAGAAGAAGAUCUGACCAUAUGUUUUAAGUGAUUAAUUUAUCCUUGUUUGCUAUUUUAUAAUACUGCAUGAAUAACACAAGCAAUAACUCUAUCUCCUUUGCAGACCCUUCUGGUGAGUGUAAUCCAGAUCUACGUCUUCGUGGGCAUCAAAAAGAAGGCUAUGGUUUGUCUUGGAAUCCAAACCUUAGUGGUCAUCUGCUUAGUGCAUCUGAUGAUCAUGUGAGUAUUGUAUGCUUAGUUAGUCCAGGUAUACAUAAUGUACAUAUCUGCCAAAUGAAUGUUUCUUAUGUUAAUGUAUUUUCCCAUUUUAUCUCUUUAAGACCAUUUGCUUGUGGGACAUAAGUGCUGUUCCAAAGGAAGGGAAAGUGGUGGAUGCGAAGACUAUCUUUACAGGCCAUACAGCUGUGGUGGAAGAUGUUUCCUGGCAUUUGCUGCAUGAAUCUCUCUUUGGAUCUGUUGCUGAUGAUCAGAAACUUAUGAUGUAAGCAAAGUUAUAUAUUUUGUUCACAUUGAAUUAUUUUCCCUUGAAUUUUCUUUAAAAGUUAGAGGGAUAGGCUCCUAUUAAUAGUUACACUUGCAAUUAGUGUGUGUUAAUCAGUCCAUCAAAUGUGUUUCUUAUCUUGAAUUUCGUUUUUUACAGUUGGGACACCCGGUCAAACAACACUUCCAAGCCAAGCCAUUCAGUGGAUGCUCACACUGCUGAAGUGAACUGUCUGUCUUUCAAUCCUUAUAGCGAGUUCAUCUUGGCCACGGGAUCAGCUGAUAAGGUGACUGUCCAGAAUUCGCAGAAAACAUUGCCUAAUCCAUAGUUGCGGAAUUAAGGGGAUUGUUAUACUGUAGAACAGAAUGUGUUGUGUUGAAUGGUCCUAGUCUGUGGGGCUGUGUACAGUACAAUAAAGGAAUAUUCUCAUUUAUUAAUUAUGCUCUGGUUUUCCUGGCCAGACUGUUGCAUUAUGGGAUCUGCGAAACCUGAAACUGAAGUUGCACUCCUUUGAGUCACACAAAGAUGAAAUAUUCCAGGUAAGCUCACAUAAUAUCAUGUGACAUCAUUUUCUGAUCAUUUGACAACAUGGCUGCUCUUAAAAGGGUCUUUGAUUUUUCCUUCUCAGAAUUGGCCUUGCUAUUAAAGUUUCAGACCAACUAUUGACAGGUUUGCUCAUCUCUGUGUUAGUUCAGUUAGAAAACUUACAGCAGAUAUGUUGAUUUUUCUGCUUGUGGAAAAAGCAUGUUUCUGAUCCUUAGCAGCAGAUUAAAAAAAUUGGAAUGUAAUAUUUGGGCAGUGAGGUUUAAGUGACUGACUUGGCUGACAGAAAAAAUUGGCAGUUACAAAGAGAGGGUUAGAAUACCAGAAUAAGUGUAGGGCAAGAUUACUUAUUUGAUGACUCAGAGUACUAAUUUUUUCAUUUGUUAUGGUGAUAAAGUAUGCAUCAGUAAACUGUGCAAGUAAUGACUAAUGAAGACAUUUGGAGACUUUUUGAGUUCCAUAAAUGCAUCCCAUUUGAUGCAUUGCACAUUCCCAGGGGUGGAAAAUAUAACUAAUAGGUCUGGUGAUAAAUCUUAAAGACUUGGGUGGUUUCAUGAUAUACUAGCUUUAUGAGGUGCUUCUAGAAUUUAAAGUACAGGCAACCCACUAUUUACGUGGGGGUUGUGUUCUGAGGCACCACUUGUGUCAGUGAAAUCGUGUAUAUUUGAAAUACCAUUGAAAAAGCUGGCAAACUCCUCAUACUGUUCUGCCCUUUUUGUGGCUUUUCGGGUCUCUUCCAGGUUUGGCGUGUAUGCACAGUUGUGUACAUAUUGAACACGCAUAAAUGGGGGCCGCCUCUCCAUAAUUUGGUUUCCAAAGACAGACUGCUCAAAGGAGCAGAGUGCUGACAGCCUGUUAGUCUGCUGUUGAGAAAGCUGAACUGGUUACUGAUUUACUGCCAGACUAGGUUCAAGAUUCUUGUGUUAAUUCACAAAGCCCUAAACAGCUUUGGCCCAGAGUACCUUAAGGACUAUCUGAUCUUUUGUUCUCCACCUCAGAUCCUCUGAUGCGGCAUGUCUGCAGAUUCCCCAAGCCCUUGAGGUUCCAUUGGCUUCCAAUAGGGACUGAGCCUUAAAUGUGGCAGGCCCUGCCCUGCCCUGUGAAACUCCCUACCUGUAGAUAUUCAGCAGGACCCAUCCCUGCCUUCUUUCAGAUAUUUUCUGAAAACUGCUGUCGAAACAGACCUUCACAAUAUGAUACUGUAUUUUUCUUUAAACCAACCAGUAUCUACUGAGUUUUUAAAUUAUGUUUUAUAGAUUGAUUUAAUUGCAUUUUGUAUGUUGUAGGCUGCCUUGUUAUAUAUUAUGAAAGAGUGGAUUAUACAUUUUCAAAUAAUUAAAGUGUGUUUAGCUUUCUGGUCAUUAUGAUUGAUGGUAUCCCUCCUCUGCUCAACUAAUUGUGUAGCAUAUUUGAACUGUGAGCAGUUUUCAAGAGCAGAAUAAUAAAUAGGGAUAUUAAAGUGAUUGGCUGGCAUUAAUGAACAGUUAUUGUUUGAUAUACUGUGUAAGAACAAUAAAAAUUGCAUCAAAACUGUGAUAGAUACUAAGGCAAAAUGUACUAUCUCAUCCUAAUUGUUGCAGGUUCAGUGGUCACCACAUAAUGAAACCAUUCUGGCUUCCAGUGGUACUGAUCGCAGACUGAAUGUCUGGGAUUUAAGGUAAGCCUCAGAUGUGUGUAGUGUUGUGGAAAUGCUGAGUUCACCAGAAGUGCUUUUUGUGUGUCUCUAAUUACUGUCUUCUGUUUCAGUAAAAUUGGAGAAGAGCAGUCUCCCGAAGAUGCAGAGGAUGGCCCACCUGAGCUGUUGGUAAGUGAGAGUUUUGGUGUUGCCACCAAUUCUCCCCCCACUCCCCAACAAAAAAUGAGGUUUUAUGCCUUUGUUUGGGCUUGGUCAGCUGGGGAGAGGCUGGCACUUGUGUACACCAUCCUUGAUCAGAGUUGAGUAGUCCUAACGUGUUUCAUUCUGCUUUGCAUGUACUCUUCCUUCCAUGAACUCUCCCAGCUGAUCUGUGAAUGAGAUGCUUUCUGAGUCCAGGAUACUUUCUGUGACUUUUCUUCCAUCUCAAACCCCCUCCCCCCAGCUGUGAAUGAAUUAAGCCCUGCAGUUGAGAGGGGGAGGGGAAAAAAUAAAAAUAAAAAUGGAUUAGCUCAAUUGUUGAUACUUCAUUGUAUUUUAGACCUAGGUUUAGAUUUUUAUUUUAAAUUUUGCCUUACUGAUAGUCCAGCCUUUAUUGAAGAUUGGGGGGUUUUAUGUUGGUAAUCUACUAUGGGUAUCUAUGAUAUGAUUCACACAUAAGAAUUGUAACCCUGUUCUUGAAAUAUGUAUUCUGUAUUGGAAUUGUGUACUUAAAUACCUAUCUUAUUCUCAAUGUUAGUUUAUUCAUGGUGGUCACACUGCAAAGAUAUCUGACUUCUCCUGGAAUCCAAAUGAACCCUGGGUAAUUUGUUCGGUAUCAGAAGACAAUAUCAUGCAAGUCUGGCAAAUGGUAAGUACUUGGUUGAUUAUUUGACGGGAAAGUGAAUCCAAAACUGUGUGCACAGAGCACCCAUAAGAGGCAUAUACCAUAGAUUCCGGCGUAUUAGGCGACUGGGCAUAUUAGACUACUCCCAAAUUGGCAGCUGCAAUUUGGGGGUUCAUCUUAUAAGCCCAGUUGCCUAAUACGCUGGGCAGUUACGCUCCAGGAGAAAGCCGCCUGGCGCGGAGCCGAGCCAGCCACCUGCUGCUUCCGAAGCAGCAGUGGGCGGGCCCUGCACCAGGCGGCUCUUUCCUGGUGUGGAGCGGAGGCUGACUUUUUAACCUCUUUUUCGGGGUUAAAAAGUUGUCUUAUAUGCCAGAAUUUACGGUAAUCUCAAACUGUAGAAGGAAGUCUUGUCUUCUUAAUAAAUAUUUGGCAGAAUAAUGACUGAAUCCUUGUGUCUGACAAAGGUAUUGAAUUUGCUAUGUGUUGGAAGUUACUUAGGGUAAAGUUCGUUAUUGUAGUGUUUGGAUUGUGCCCUUAGAAUAGGAAUUUGCUUAACUGUCAGAUUGAUACUUCUGUCUAAUUCUUCAUUCCUCUCUCUCUGUAUAGGCAGAGAACAUAUAUAAUGAUGAAGAUCCUGAAGGAAGUGUGGAUCCGGAAGGGCAAGGCUCUUAGAUACUUGACCCCUUCAAUCCUUGCUGUUUGUUUCCUGUUGUUGUCCUCUCCCUGCCCUGUUCUCCUAAGUUUCUUGAGAUUGUCAGCUGUGCCGUUUUGCGAGAGACAAACACAUGCACUGUGCAUUCAACAGCCCAUCUGUAGAUAUUAUCCAUCAGCCUUGCUUCUAACUCAGAAAGUGAACUGUUGCUGUUGAAAGUUGAACCUGACUUGAGCUAGCAUCACACAGUGGCUUCUUGGUUGACAAUUUUUCACCUAAAAACUCAUUGAUUGAGAGCUGGUGUACACAGCCUGCUACAAGAAAUUUUAAUAUAAACUAUGCCUGAAUUGUUUCAGUACAAGCAUUGGUAAGAUCUGAAUGUUUUCUACUGAGGGGAAUUUUAGAGUAGAAGCUUCUCUCUAUUUUAUUUUUAUUGGUCCCUCCUGAUAAAAGAAUAUGUUUAGAGCUUUAGCUCUAGUCUUGUUUCAGAUACAGAUAAAUCCAGUGCAGGGUCACCUAUUCUUAACUUUGUUUCUAGCUGCUGUCCUUGAUUAGAGUAAGUCGCUCUGUCCAGAUAAUGCCUGAGUUUUCUUCAUAAUACUUUGGUCCUUCUAUCCUUUUCUGAUGGGGCAACUUAGGAUGUGGAUAUGAAUAUGGUAGUCACCUAUAACUGCACAUUACUUUGCCCUCUUGUGUGUUUCUUGAACUGUGUUCUAUUAUCUUUCCUUUCUGUGGUUUUUUUUUAACUGGGGGGACCACCAAGUUAUGAAAGUGUUUGUUUUCAGCUGAUAUAUGUAAUAAAGACUGAUAUAAAGAAUGAUUACAUGAUAUUUCACCUUGUAUCAGCACAUCUCCUGUGAGGGUGAACUGUUCCACCAGCAGCCCAUUUAACUUUCCAUGAACCAUACAAGUGCUUCAGAUUAAAUAAAUUUGGUUUUCUAUGUGGGA